CAUUGUCGUUUUUGACAUCUAUUAGUGAAAAAGUGAAUAUAUUUAUGUAAUUUUACCAUAAUUUUACUGAUAUUUCUGGUAAAAAACUUUCUAAAAUGGAUAAAAGCCAGACUCUUUUCACCCGAUCGUUGAGAUCGCUGCCCAAAUUCAGUACCAAAUCAAUGCCAUCGCUUGAUAAAUCAAAAUUAUUUAUACUCUCGCCAAAAUGCGUAAAAAGAAUUGACUUAGAACAAACGAAAAACAUAGCAAAAAUGGUGGAUAAUAGAACUGAAGAAAUAUUUGGGCCAAUUGAAUCCGUAGAAGAAAUAUUGCAUACCCGCUAUCUAAGUCUUGGGGUUGAGGAUGAGCAUAACCAUCUUGUUGCCGCCAUAACGUUCCAUAAUUGCCCAAACAUACCUGCCAUACCACCGUGGGAAUGGAACCAUUGGUUAUACAACAUUUACGAAAUAUCAGAGUCAAGCACUAGAGAUACCUUCUGGAUCCACCUCUUCGUUUUCGAAGCAAAAUUCGAAACGAUAUUCCUCAAACCUAUUAUACAACACGUGUUCAAUUUUUACGAACACAUCAACAAUAUCUUCAUGGUUGUGCCACCUGAGGCGGGUAUAGUAGAGUGUCUGGAAGAUGUGGCCACGAAGAUAUAUCCCAAAGAUUGCAGAAAUCCAACGUCUAGUCAAAAGUUAUACCUCAUCACUAGAGACUCAUUUAUGUUAAAAUAUAAAAUACGAAGAGCAGUAGAAGAAGACAAUGACGAUUUGGUACCGCUGAUAGCAUUGUAUUCUACGAGACUAACUGAGCUUUAUGGAGAGUACUAUAUCGCCGAAAUAUUAACAAGGCACAAAGACUCAGGGCGCCAAAUAAUAGUGGCAGAAUACGGAGGAUGUGCAGUGGCUGUCAUGAUUUUAAACGAAGCUGUCAACUACGAAGUACUGAACGAAGAAUUUGAACUUGCCCCUUUCAACGGUUUGAGAACGCGAAACGAGGAGGAUUUUAUAGAUCUAGAAGUCCACAGUCAAAUUGACGUAUUGCAAUCGACAACAGAUUUAACUGAAGAAGUUCUGACAGAGAAAAUAUCGAAGAAAAUGGACAACCCCGCUUCGAACAAUGAGUACUUGGUGAGCGUAUCCGAAAGUGACAGUGAAUACUCGUUAAUCCUAACUACAUCGGACUUAUUUGUCUUUGACGAGGAGGAGGAAGUACCAGAUGUUCUAGCGGAAGCAAAAAAUGCAUAUAAAGAAAUGGAGGAUUCUGUUUCAAGUUAUGAAAUUAUCAAAGAGAUAGAAAAGGUGACAGCAUUUGAAGUGGACCCCAGAUUGACAUACGUCGACAUGAUGGAGAGGGUAUCUAGAAUAUCUACCAUAAGCCGUAUGGUCAAAAUGCCAAAAUUUGUCGGUAGAGGAAAUGCUUUCUGUAUUGAGGUUGCCGCCUGCCAUCCUGAUCAUCAGUACAGUUUACAAUUGGUUUUAAGAGCUGUAUUUGAGUGUUUUCCUGAAAGAGAUUACUGUAUAAUGAGCGUUCCCAGCUCUUGCAUGUUAGAAACUUGGAUGUACAGAUUCAUAAGAGUGACGCCAAGAGCAAAUGCUUCAUUUCCCUAUGAACUCUACGUCUUACAUAAGAGUUCUCAUUUAGGAAAACUCAAAUGUAGAGUGACUAGAGAAGAAGAUUUGCCAGAAAUUCGUACUCUGUUAAGUACUAUACCAACACAUGCCAUCGUUCUGUCUCAUGUUGAAAUUUGUCUUGAAUUUGCCGUCAGUCCUUAUCAAUGUUUCGUAAUACUUUGCGAAAACCAUGUCGUUGGAGUAGCAGUUUUCUCGGAAGAAUACAAUAUCGACUACAUCGAUGCGCAGUAUGAUAUCAAGCAGUGGAUUAACUUGAAAUGUAUGCGCAGUGGAUCGUUUGGCAACAUCGAAAGCCUGGUUCUAUCCCCCAUAUUUCACAGCGCUGCCAGGUACAUUAUGUCGGAUUUACACAGGUUAUCCGACUAUAAGGUUUUGUUCUAUAAAUAUAGGAACAUUGAAAAGGGAACGUUCAAAGAAAAACCGUUAGCUAACUUAUUGCAAUGGUUAAUACCCAUUUUGCCUAGGCAAACUCCAGAAUACGACUACGAGAUGUUAAAAGAAGAAGGUUAUGAAGUAUCUGAAGCUCUGCAAAGAAAGGACCCGUACGCGCUGUAUGCAAGUACUGUAGCGCAUAGCAGCAUGAAGCGACUAUGCAUCAACUCAAAAAUUGUUGUAGUUGGAUGUAGCAACACCGCAUACUCAUUUCUCGAAUCGUUAUUGCUGCAUAAUAAAAACACGAAUUAUGUGUACACCUUCAAUAACGUCAGUCUGGUGUGCCAGAACGGUUUGAAUCUGAGGCUGCCAAAGAAAGUAAAAGAGAUGUUCUCCGUCCAGAAGAAUUUCAUAACCGAAAAAUAUAUGGACAUGGUCAAUCUCAAAUCGUACGUCCAAGUCGUGAUGGGCAAUCUGUCAAAAAUUGACAGAAAGGAACAGUAUAUUGUUAUCAAUGACCAUUCUUUGCUGAACUACGACCUGCUGUUCCUAAUGUGCGGUGAAAAAUUCCAGAAGCCUUUGCAAGACUACCGGAUGCCUUUUGCCGAAAAUCCCGAAAAUGUGUUCGUUAUAAACUCACCCACCGAUGGGAACAAGGCGAUAAUCAAGCUGAAAGAAAUUAAUAGAACCGAUAAAUGUGAUGAUAAAAUUAUAGUUUAUGGACAUUUUUUGCAAGCGUACACCUGCCUAGCCGCACUACUGGAAUUUGGGAUACCCGGUUCAAAGAUCAUACUAGUCGAGCCCUUUCCAUACCUCAUGAACAUUGACAAGAAAAGAAGACACAAUAUAUCGGUUUUCAAUGAUCCAGACAUUUACCAUGCGGUUAUGGAAUUUAUAGAAACUCAAGAAAUAAAGGUUUAUUCUUCAUUUUAUUUCAUCAAUUGGCGAUACAACGAUAAAGAAAACAUAGUGACCAGCGUCAAGUUCGAAUCGAAACACAAAAUGUUAGAGCUGGACUGUCAGGCUAUAUUCUUUUUUUACGAGAAAAGCAUCAGCCCUAAAGUGUACCAGGUUAUUAACCAAGCUGGCUUGGUAUUCGAUGGUCGUUUGGUGGUAGACAAUUACUCUAAAACAAACGACGAGCGUAUCUACGGUGCCGGUACUCUAACCAAAUACUCCAGAAAGUACUUCGCGGCCAACGUGGUCCAUAAAUUUUUCAAUCGAGUGGAGAUCGGCCAGAAACUCGGUCAGCAAAUUAGAAAUAUGCUUCUGCCAGGGUUCGUUAAGAAGUCUGAUCCCAAAAAACAAGGAUGGAAUAUCCAUUUGGAUAUCAGAGACCGGUUAGUGCCUAAAUAUGAGAUGCCUAUCAUGAGAUACUGUAGAUUGCCUGGAGGACUGUACUAUUAUUCCGUUGUCAAACCAGGAAGAAGAAUACCUCUGGAAACAGCCAGCUCUAUGGAAAAUUAUGGACAAGUGUUUAUUACAGGAACCUGCCGAAAUCUGGAAACCCAAGGAUUCUUCAAACUGCAUUUUAACGAAUACAGCAGAGUUGAAACAAUUACCUGUUUGACAAAAUUUCCAGUCAACAUCAAGAAUAUUUACUGCCUCUGGGGCAAGCACGAAAAACUCCUCAACAAUCUCCAGCUUCGUUUUGAGAUGGUGCUGAUCACGGACUUUUUCGAAUACUUUAAACAGCCAUGGGCAUAUGCUUUGUACCACGAUCGAUUUGACAGUUUAAUAGAUGAAUUAAACAAUCUAAUGACGUCUUCAGUGGUACCAAACGAAGAAUGCUUGAUUACUGAAAUUAUCGAAAUGUAUAAAGACCGCAAAUGGCAACAUCUUACACCAGAACAACAAGAGGAAAUCGAACUCAAAUUUCCAAGUAUGCUCUAUCCGAAGAUAGUCGAACAAAAAGUUCUUGAUUUUAUUCAACAGAAUCUACAGUAUUUGCCGAUGUAUGCUCAUCCUUUUGUGAUUAGAACUAUAUUGGAAGGAUAUGACAAAAGUCCACUGUUUACUAAAUAAAGUUUUAAGUAAGA